AUGAAGCUGAACUCUGGGUGUUUUCUGCAGCAUCUGCCUUUAGCUGAAGUACACAGCUUGCUGUCUGUAAGAAAUGCAGCGACGCUGGCAGAGUAUUUCCAACUCCUGGUUGUCCAUCAAAAGAAUUACCUGGACAGAAAACGAUGCCUGAGAGCUCACUGUUUUCCGGAUCUGCAGUUUUAUUGCUUUCUCCUUUAUGUGGCUGACCUGAGCAAGGACCAGCUCGUGCUGCUGUUUGACUCUGUGGACCAAAAUAUGAGCGGGAGGAUUUGCUUUCAUAGCCACAACAUCCAGAAAGAACUUCAGAAGAUAUUCAAGGUCUUUGAUAUUUCUGGAGCUGAGAAAUUGACCUACAGGGAAUUCAGGAUGUUUGCAGUCUUCUACACUGACAAUCAACAACAAAGAGGAAGGGGAUCAUGA